AGAGAUAAAUCUACAAAUAAUCAGAUAUGGAGAUGGCGACAUGACCAUUAAUUCUCUUCUUUAGCAAUUCGAGAGGGAAAAAAAGAGGAUUUUACGAGUCAAAUUUAUUGAUCGCACCCGUUUAGGUUAGAUAUGUAUAUAUAUUAACAAUUACCUGAAAAAGAGGACCUGUGUUUUGCCCAGUUGCCGAGGGAAGGUUCACAUUUUUGUUUAUUUCUUGGGAUCUUUUGCCGGGACCCAUUUCCUUUUUGGUCAAUUUGGUGCGUAUUUCUCUACGAUCCGGACUCCUUGCGCGAAAAUCUUGUCUGCGGUAUAUAAUUUAGAUGUUUAUUUUGCUUUCUCAGGUUUGUUAAUGACACCUUUUGCCUUCGAAAUGAAGAAACCUCUGAAGAAUUAGAGUAGGAAAGUAGCUAACUUUGCUAGGAAAUUUGUUAUUUCUCCACGAGUUGAAUCCCAAAUCCAUGAAAGUUUCAGUGGAAAUUCUUGGGGAAAGUGAUGAUGAGAAAUCUUUUUGAUGGAUAGAAGAGUUCGUUGCAUAUCUGGGAAAUGAGUCGAUCGCCUUCCUUCUCUGUGAAGCCAGAGCUUAGUUUAAAGCCUGAUCCGGAGUCUUUACAGCGAUGGGUUCUUGCAUUUUGCACCAUUAGAUUUGACCUUGAGCAGGGUCAGCUAAUAGAAGAGUGCUACCCACCAGGUUGUCUCUCGCAAGAUGAAGAGCUUGAGGUUGCUUUCAGUUCAUUUCCAGAUUCUGUGUCACAAAACCAUAACCGUUCGAGCAUACAUGAUUGCAUAUUUUUUUUCCGCUUCAGGAGGCGGAAAAAUCCUCAAGAGGGCAAUGUGACUUCACCUGAUAUUCCAGAAAUUGAUGAUAGAGAACUACCUGCAAAGUCAUUAGAGGGGGAAAUCGAGAAAAGAUUGAAGAGUAGCAGCUGUGGAAUAGGUUCAGAAUAUUUGUAUGGUUAUGUUUUUAAUAGGCAAAGACAUGAUGAGAGGUUAAAGCGAGGUGGGGAACAAAAAUCUGUGGUAAUACUGUCUCAUACUCCUUACUCAAGUGUGUUUAGACCUUUGUUGCAGAUUAUGGGUCCUUUGUAUUUUGAUAUUGGAAAGAAGGCUAUAGAGCAUAUUGCUGCUUAUGUAUCAAUCUGGCCAUCUCCUGUACCUGGUAAGCUAAUGGAGCUCCCAAUUGGGAAUGCAGUGCUUAAAGUGAGCUUGCCACCUGCUUACAGCUUACCCUUGGGAACUGGAAUGUUAUUUGAAGAGACUUCAUCCUCAAUGGCUCCUUUACUCCCAAGUAAUCAGUCUGCCCCACAAGGCCUUUUUCAUGAUUCAGAUAUUUUUGGCACGUUCCGAGGGCUUUUAUUGCAGCUAUGGGUUCUGUGGGAGUUGUUGCUUAUUGGAGAGCCCCUUCUUAUCAUAGCAUCAACACCAUCACAGUGCUGUGAGGCUGUUGCCAGUCUUGUAAGUUUGGUUGCACCGCUACUUUGUAGUGUUGAUUUUAGGCCAUAUUUUACAAUCCAUGAUCCCGAAUUCAAACAAUUGAAUUCUCUUCAAGAAAGAGAUAUUUUUCCUUCAAUGGUUUUGGGCGUGACAAACCUUUUUUUCCUGAAAGCUCUUCGAAACAUCCCUCACAUUGUAUCAGUUGGAAGUCCUGCUCCUAAUUCAAAUCGGGUCACCCUUACAAGUAGGUCUUCUACUGGCAGAAUUUCUGGUACACCAGAAGGACUGCAGCUUUCCUUGAAGAAGUUCUCUCCUUCAACCUUGUUGAAUGCUGUGAAGUUGAGGAGAGAAGGUCCUCUCUGUCUCAUGACUGAACAUAAGGAGGCCAUUUGGAGCAGUUAUGUCGCAACUACUAAGCCAGACACCUCUAUCUUGAAUAGGCUCGUUGAUGCUGGAAUUUCACCUAGAGUUGAGGAAUCAAUGUCAGUUGUUAACAAUGAAAUAUUGCGCCGGCAUUUCUUGGAGCUCACUACUAAUUUUUUGGCUCCUUUUGGUCCAUAUUUUCGGAUUACCACCCCUUCUGAAGGAUCUUCUCCAUUUGUUGACCCUCCUCCUCUUCCUCCAUUUAGAGUUGACGAAUUCCUGUCAAACUUAUCAGCAAGAGGUGUGGGAAAGUUUCUAUCAAAGCGGAUGAAAUCUAACUGGUUGGAUUUGUAUAGGCGGUUUCUAAAAGGAUCAAACUUUACACCUUGGUUUCAACGAAGACGUGCAGUUGCUGAAAGAGAGCAACAUAGAUUAUGGAGACAGGCAAGAAUGAAGACUGACAUACAACAGUUAAUAUCUAAAAUGUCUGAAUUGGAGAUUGUUGAUUCCUUCAAUGCCAUUGAGAAAUAUAUCCUAGCAGAAGGAGAGUUGCAGCAAUCUGGAGAGGUCCCUUCGGAUUCUAUUGCAACUUGCCAGAAACUCAAAGGAGAUCUGCAAGUGGUGUUCAAUGUUCUUCCCAAGGACAUGCAGCAGCUUUUGGUUUCA